AUGGCUUCCUCUGACACACAGACAACAAAGACCGCCACCAGCCUCCCCGCAAUCCGGGCGUGUAUUUUCGACCUGGACAGGCUUCUCAUCAACUCCGAAGACAUGGUCACUCAAUCAACGAACCGUCUUCUGGAAAAAUAUGGACGGCCUGUCUUCACUCCAUCAAUUCGCGCCCUGCUCAUGGGUGUUCCCGACUCAACAAACAGCGAACUGUUCCACAACUGGGCCCAAUUGCCCAUCUCCCCCGAGCAAUUCGCCUGUGAAUUGAGGGAAGAAAUGCACCUGCAGUUCCAGACUUGUACCCCACUGCCUGGCGCGGAGAAGCUCCUGUCGAACCUCAGCCGUGCACGUAGCGCGUCUGGGGACCGGGUCGAGCUGGCAUUAGCAUCUAGCACUAAGAGCCAUACAUUCGAAUUGAAAAUGUCUAGACCAGAAACCAAACAGCUGCUUAACUUUAUCCCGUCUGAGAGGCGGGUUCUGGGUGACGACCCCCGAGUGCGACAGGGCCGAGGGAAGCCAGCGCCGGAUAUAUAUCUACUUGCAUUGCAGGCAUUGAACUCUGGGGCUGACUCUGGGAAACCCAUCUUACCUGGCGAAUGUUUGGUCUUUGAAGAUAGCGUGGCCGGGUUAGAGGCUGGAAGACGGGCUGGGAUGAGGGUCGUUUGGGUACCGCAUCCGGGCCUGGCGGCCGAGUAUCAAGCGAGGGAGACGGAUGUGCUGGCUGGGAGGACGGGUAUGAGUGCAAUCGGGGACGAGUGGCAGCUAGGAGAGAUUGAUGAUGGCUGGGCUGAAAGCAUACCGAGCCUGGAUCACUUUGACUACGAGAAGUACGGCAUCGUUGUACAGUUAUAG